AUGGAUGUUUAUGCUGAAGUGGUUGGAAUUCAUACCAAGGCAUGGUUUAUCGCUGGGAUAUUUCUGCUAAUGACUAUACCGAUAUCUCUCUGGGGAAUACUACAACACUUGGUCCAUUAUACUCAACCUGAAUUACAGAAACCAAUAAUAAGGAUUCUAUGGAUGGUGCCGAUUUACAGUUUAGACAGUUGGAUAGCUUUGAAAUACCCCAACAUUGCAAUAUAUGUGGAUACAUGUCGAGAAUGCUAUGAAGCUUAUGUCAUCUAUAAUUUUAUGGUUUUUCUUUCAAAUUAUCUAACCAACCGGUAUCCAAACCUUGUAUUAAUAAUAGAAGCAAAAGAUCAGCAGAGACAUCUGCCGCCUCUGUGUUGUUGUCCAUCAUGGGCUAUGGGAGAAGUUUUAUUAUUUAGAUGUAAACUGGGUGUUUUGCAGUACACUGUUGUCAGACCAUUUACUACCAUUAUUGCUUUAAUUUGUGAACUAGUGGGAGUGUAUGAUGAAGGAAACUUCAGCUUCAACAAUGCUUGGACUUACUUGGUUAUACUUAACAACAUGUCACAGCUAUUUGCUAUGUAUUGUCUGGUGCUGUUUUAUAAAGUCCUACGUGAAGAACUGAACCCUAUCCAACCUGUUGGCAAGUUCCUUUGUGUGAAGAUGGUAGUUUUUGUUUCUUUCUGGCAAGCUGUGCUUAUUGCAUUGUUGGUGAAAGUUGGCGUUAUUUCUGAGAAACGCACCUGGGAAUGGCAAAGUGUGGAAGCUGUGGCUACAGGCCUACAGGAUUUUAUCAUUUGUGUUGAGAUGUUCCUGGCUGCUAUUGCACAUCACUACAGUUUUUCCUAUAAACCUUACGUUCAAGAAGCUGAAGAAGGGUCAUGCUUUGACUCUUUUCUUGCCAUGUGGGAUAUUUCUGAUAUAAGGGCAGAUAUAUCAGAACAGGUUCGAAACGUGGGAAGGACAGUUUUGGGCCAGCCAAGGAAAAUGUUUUUUGCUGAGGAUCAUGAACAAAAUGAGCAUACAAGUUUACUGUCUUCGUCUACUCAAGACCCAAUUUCUGAUGCUUCUUCAAUGCCAUCUUCACCCAUGGGUCAUUAUCAGGGGUUUGGACACACUGUGACACCUCUCACAACACCAACGACAGCUCCUGCUGUUGAUGGCAUUUAUAAUGCUUCUGCCAUUCAAGAUGCUGAGGAGUCACCUGAAUUACAGAACAAUUUAUCAGAGAAGGCUCUGGAUAAAAGUUAGACUCACCUUUUCUUUGAACGUGUCAAGGAGUCUGUAAUAUACUUGCCACAUAUGUUACGUUAACAUGCACUGCUAGUGAUGUCAGUUGGAAAGCUUGGAAGAGCUACUGUGUGGACAGGAAGAGGAUAUGGCUGUAACAUCUGAAUUCUGAAUCUGUAAUGGACGUGAGUAUCUGGGAGUGCCCCAUGAAUAUGAAACACGCACACAGUAAAGGUUUCUUCAUAAAUUUAAGAACCAACUCCUUAAACUGCUAAACACUUGCACAUCAUGUCAAAAUUAUACUGACUUUUAUUAAUACAAAAGAAACAUUUGAAAAAAUAACUGUUCUUCUAAAGAUGAAGUGUAAGUACUACUAGCAAUGACAACUUAAUCUCAAGAAUGUACUUUGAGGAGGGCUGUAGCAAAAAGUGUUUGUAUUAGCUUAGCUAACUAAAACCCCUUCACAAAGACAAUUACUACAGAGCAUCAG